AUGCCGCCGCCUUCCCAACUCGCCAUCGCUACAGGCUCUGUCAACCGACUCCUCAAAGAGGAGGCUUCAUACCACAAAGAGGUUGAGCAGGAGGAAGCCAAGGUCAAAGCUCUGAAGGAGAAGAUUGAUAGCGGUGCAAACGAUGACGAGAAUGCCUCAUUCAUGCUUAAACAGCAGCAAACUGCCCUUGAGCAGACAAAGGCCGUAUUCGAACCCCUACGACAGAAGAUCGCUGUCGCUGUUGAGAAGCUGGAGGAGCAACUCGCUGUGAGCGAAGAGCUGAACGCUCCGGAGGACCAGGUGGUGCAGGCCAAAGAGGCGUUGGUAAAAGCCAAAGCUACCCAGGUCGAUGCUUAA